GUCUGAAGUAUGAGAAGUAAACUUCCUGGGUGGCCGCAAGUUCUCUAGGAUACAUAUGCAGGUUGUCGCACCAUCCUUGCAUUCUUCCAUUGGCAUCAAGAAGAAGAACACUCUCGGAGGAAGGCCCGCCGGAGGAACCACUUAAUUCGCCAAGCAAUUGAGGGCAUAAUUGAAGUGAGGUGCAAUUGUUCCCUCUCAGGCUUUCAAUCCACGAUCUCCAGGUUUUUUCUUUCUCAAGUCCCCGGAUUCAACACCAUGUCGUCCAAAUAUGCUGCUGCACACGUCAACCCCAAUGGGCCUGGUGACGCCCGCCCCACCGCCAUGGACAUCAUCAACGACGAGGGGCUGGUUGGCAAACUGACGGACAAGGUCAUCUUCAUCACCGGGGGCUCGGCUGGGAUUGGUGUUGAGACGGCGCGUGCUCUGCACGCCACUGGUGCGCACUUGUAUCUGACUGCUCGAGACAUGGCCAAGGGGGAGAAGGUGGUUCAAGACAUCCUGGCACAAGACACGAGUGGCAGCAAGGGCAAGAUUGAGCUGCUGAAGCUGGAGUUGGACUCGCUGCAGUCGGUGCGGGACUGCGCAGCAGACUUUCUGAGCAAGAGCAAGCAGCUCAAUGUGCUUAUUAAUAAUGCUGGAGUCAUGGCUACUCCAGAAGGCCAGACCAAGGACGGGUUCGAAACCCAGUUUGGCACAAACCACCUGGGCCACUUCCUGCUCUUCCUGCUCCUCAAGCCCACCCUUCUGGCCUCAUCAACGCCAACUUUCAACUCCCGGGUCGUCUCUCUCUCCUCGUCCGGGCACCGCCGCUCUCCAAUCCUCUUUGACGACCUCGACUUGAAGAAGGUUGGCUACCAGCCGUUCAUUGCAUACGGUCAAUCCAAGACUGCCAACAUCUACUUGGCGACCGAGAUUGAAAGGCGCUAUGGUUCACAAGGGCUGCACGCAACAGCGGUGCACCCAGGUGGUAUCAUGACAGAGUUGGGCCGUCACAUGGACCCGGCUAUGUUCAAGUCGAUGCUGACGCCAGAAGUGCAGUUGAAGAUGAAAAAUCCCGAACAGGGUGCGGCUACAACGGUUUGGGCGGCAGUGGGGAAGGAGUGGGAGGGGAAAGGGGGGAAGUACCUUGAAGAUUGCAGCGAAAGUCAGCCAAUGCCCGAAAAUACUUGGGGGGCUUUGGUUCCCGGUUAUGCAAAGCACGUGUAUGAUGAGGAGGCAGCCAAGAAGCUCUGGGGCCUGUCACUCGAGUUGGUAGGGGUGGUUGACGAUGAUGUGGCGCCAAGUAUUGCGUGAGUUGGACUUGACUUGCUGUCAGGAAGAUUAGGUGGCUUAUCGUGCUCAUUUUGUGUACAUUCGUAUCAGGCUGCUGAUGGAUACACAAACUUCCAUAUUGCAGUUUUGAACUAGGGACUUCGAACAUGUGCAGACCUACAUAAAAGUUUGUCUGAGUGGCCAUGCACAUGAUUGGCACAAUGAUACGAGACCAGAUUUGUUGGGUUCGGAAAAUCAUUAGUAGUGUGGCUUUAAGGGGACCUGCUCAUAAUUUGCUCCAUAACAGGGUCAUUGUAGCAUUAAUGCUUGGAU